AUGGCGGGCGGCGAAGACCGCGGGGACGGGGAGCCCGUAUCCGUGGUGACUGUGCGGGUUCAGUACUUAGAAGACACCGACCCUUUCGCAUGUGCCAACUUCCCAGAGCCGCGCCGGGCCCCCACCUGCAGCCUAGACGGGGCGCUGCCCGUGGGUGCGCAGAUACCGGUCCUGCAUCGCCUGCUGGGGGCACCGCUCAAGCUGGAGGACUGUGCCCUUCAAGUGUCUCCCUCUGGAUACUACCUGGACCCCGAGCUGUCCCUGGAAGAGCAGCGUGAGAUGCUGGAAGGCUUCUAUGAAGAGAUCAGCAAAGGACGGAAGCCCACGCUGAUUCUACGGACCCAGCUCUCUGUGAGGGUCAACGCCAUCUUGGAAAAGUUGUACAGCUCCAGAGGUCCCGAACUCCGCCGCUCUCUCUUCUCACUGAAGCAGAUCUUCCAGGAGGACAAAGACUUGGUCCCUGAGUUCGUACACUCGGAAGGGCUGAGUUGCCUGAUCCGUGUGGGUGCUGCUGCUGACCACAACUACCAGAGCUACAUCCUCCGAGCACUGGGCCAGCUGAUGCUUUUUGUGGAUGGGAUGCUGGGAGUGGUAGCCCACGGUGAGACGGUGCAGUGGCUAUAUACGCUAUGUGCCAGCCUGUCCCGCCUUGUGGUAAAGACAGCCCUGAAGCUGCUGCUGGUGUUUGUGGAGUACUCCGAGAGCAACGCCCCGCUGUUCAUCCACGCGGUCAACUCUGUGGCCAGCACAACUGGUGCUCUUCCCUGGGCCAACCUGGUGUCCAUCCUGGAGGAGAAGAAUGGCGCUGACCCUGAGCUGUUGGUGUAUGCUGUCACUCUCAUCAACAAGACACUGGCAGCCCUCCCGGACCAGGACUCCUUUUAUGAUGUGACAGAUGCCCUGGAGCAGCAGGGUAUGGAAGCGCUGGUCCAGCGCCACCUGAGUACCGCGGGCACUGACGUGGACCUGCGGACACAGCUGGUGCUCUACGAGAGCGCCCUGCGGUUGGAGGAUGGAGACAUCGAGGAAGCUGCCCCAGGUGGACGGCGAGAGCGGCGAGAGCGCCGGAAGCCAUCCUCUGAGGAGGGCAAGAGGAGUCGUAGAUCGCUGGAGGGUGGGAGCAGCCCUGCAGUGCAGACCCCAGAACCUGGCCCUACAGGCCCCGCCCCGCCGCUAAGGCCCACCUCCUGCCCUGUGGGUCCUGCCCAGCUGACGACGCCAGCCUCCAGUCCUGUGGGCCCGGCCGCUGACCUCUGUGCUUCCGUGAAUUUCUUCCCUAGCAUCUCUGCGACACCCUCAACCCCCUCAACCGACAGCUCCUGCGAACGGAGCAUCUACAAAGUCCGGUUUCUGGAGAAAGUGGCAGCAGCAGAAACAGAGAAGCAGGCUGCACUGGCCCAGGGCCGGGCAGAGAAAUUGGCUGGAGCCGUGUCCGAUGACACCGACGGACAUUCAGACACUCGGAAACCAUGGAGCACCCCAGAUCCAGCCCCUAUCCCCAGAUCACCCCAGAGCCCUACUCCCCUGGUCCUUCUCCGGGCCCAGCGAAGCCUUGAGCCAGAGCCCACAGAGCCACUGACCCCAGCAAGCCCUGAUAUUGGGCCCACCGGGGAGCUCCCUGCUCGAGCACCCAAGCUCUGCAUCGGGGACUUGGACUUCUCAGACCUGGGGGAGGAUGAAGACCAGGACAUGCUCAGCAUAGAGACUGUGGAGACCGGGAAGGGGGUCCCACCUCCACCACCCCCGCUCUCCGGAGCACCACCACCUCCGCCACCCCUACCAUCCCUGCUCCUGGGAUCUCCCCCACCUCCCCCAGCCCCACCUCCUCCACCAACCAAAGGCCCCUUCCCACCACCUCCACCCCCGGCUGCCCCUUUCCUCCCCUCAGCACCAGAUGGCCCAGCCCUCCCCACCAAGAGGAAGACUGUAAAACUCUUCUGGCGGGAGCUGAAGCUGACUGGGAAUCCCAGAAACUCUGGAAGCCGCUUUGGACCCUGCUCCACUCUGUGGGCCUCACUGGAGCCCGUCUCAGUGGACACAGCCCGGCUGGAGCACCUGUUUGAGUCCCGUGCCAAAGAUGUGCUGCCCUCCAAGAAAGCUGGUGAGGGCCGUCGGACAAUGACCACAGUGCUGGACCCCAAGCGCAGCAAUGCCAUCAAUAUUGGCCUGACAACAUUGCCACCUGUGCAUGUAAUCAAGGCUGCCCUGCUCAAUUUUGAUGAGUUUGCUGUCAGCAAAGAUGGCAUUGAGAAGUUACUGACCAUGAUGCCCACGGAGGAAGAGCGGCAGAAGAUUGAAGAGGCCCGACUGGCUAACCCUGACAUACCCCUGGGCCCAGCUGAGAACUUCCUGCUGACUCUUGCCUCCAUUGGGGGCCUGGCUUCCCGCCUACAACUCUGGGUCUUCAAGCUGGACUAUGACAGCAUGGAACGGGAAAUUGCAGAGCCACUGUUUGACCUGAAAGUGGGCAUGCAACAGCUGGUGCAGAAUGCUACCUUCCGCUGCAUCCUGGCCACCCUGCUGGCUGUGGGCAACUUUCUCAAUGGCUCCAAGAGCAGCGGUUUUGAGCUGAGUUACCUGGAGAAAGUAUCAGAGGUGAAGGACACAGUACGCCGGCAGUCACUGCUGCACCAUCUCUGCUCCCUGGUGCUCCAGACUCGGCCAGAUUCCUCCGACCUCUACUCAGAAAUCCCUGCCCUGACCCGCUGUGCCAAGGUAGACUUUGAACAGCUAGCUGAGAACCUGGGGCAGCUGGAAUGCCGGAGCAGGGCAGCUGAGGAAAGUCUGCGAGGCCUGGCCAAGCACGAGCUGACCCCAGCUCUGCGUGCCCGCCUCACCCACUUCCUGACCCAGUGUACCCGCCGUGUUGCCAUGCUGAGGGUGGUGCACCGCCGGGUCUGCAAUAGGUUCUAUGCCUUCCUUCUUUACCUGGGCUACACGGCGCAGGCAGCCCGCGAAGUGCGCAUCAUGCAGUUCUGCCACACACUGCGGGAAUUUGCACUUGAAUAUCGGACCUGCCGGGAACGGGUACUGCAGCAGCAGCAGAAGCGGGCGACAUACCGUGAGCGCAACAAGACACGAGGACGCAUGAUCACCGAGACAGAAAAGUUCUCAGGUGUAGCUGGGGAGAAUUCCAGCACCUCAGCUGUCCCAGUGGCCGUGAGUAGUGGGCCAGACAGGGGUGAUGCUGACAGUCACGUGAACAUGAAGAAUCUGCUGACCAGCAAGCCUCAGGAUGCCACACACGGCCGCCGCAGUAGAGGCUUGCUCCAGAGCAGCUCCCCUGUGAUUCCCACACCAGCUGGACCCUCCACUGCACCCCCAGAAGAACCCCUAGGUUCUGGUUCACCCAGUGACACAUCAGAUGAGAUCAUGGAUCUUCUAGUGCAGUCAGUGACCAGGAGCAGUGCUCGUGCCUUAGCAGCUCGGGAACGCAAGCGUUCACGUGGCAACCGCAAGUCCUUGAGACGGACAUUGAAGAGCGGGCUCGGAGAUGACCUGAUGCAGGCACUGGGACUAAACAAGGGUCCUGGCCUGGAGGUAUGA